AAUAAAUCAUUAAUUUCUAAACAUGUCGUCCGAUAAUAAUAACGACGACCGGAGGAGUCCGUCCCUAUGGGUCUGGUUGGCCGCCCUAUCGGCGCUCAUGUCCGCCAUGACUAUGGGCGCCACGUUAGGAUGGAGUGCACCGGCACUUCCAGACCUUCACAACAACGCCAGUUCCCUGUAUCUGACGGCCGCUGAUAAGGACACCGAGACGUGGAUCGGCUCAUCCAUGACAUUGGGGGCACUGGCGGGCGGACUGUUAGGCGGCCCAUUGCUACAGAUGUUGGGCAUGAAAAAGGUUUUGAUCGGUUUGGGCGCACCAUUCAUUGUAGGCUGGGUGCUCAUUUGUGCCGCAAAGGGCUUUGCACUCAUAAUAGUGGGCAGAGUGUUAACGGGGUUUGGAUCAGGAAUUUGUUGCGGAGUGGCACCGACAUACUGUAUACACUUAUCAACCCCUAAAAUACGGGGGCUUUUGGGCACAGGCUUCCAAAUUUUCAUAACGAUUGGCAUUUUAUACAUUGAUUUGUUUGGGCUAUUCCUGGGCUGGCGCGCCCUUUGCAUAGUAGGUCUGGCGCCGGCUGUUAUCAUGACCAUAGGCAUGAUAUUCAUGCCGGAGUCGCCCAUAUGGCUGAUGAAUAAAUACGGCCGCAGUUCCCAAGUGGUGGACGCCCUCCGCAAACUCCGGUCCGACUCCAGCAAUAUCGAGACGGAGCUCAAGGAGAUGGCCGACAGCGCCGACAAGUCUAAGGAGAACUCGGGCUUCUCUAUGGGACAGUUAACCCGCGCCGACAUCUAUAAGCCGUUUAUCAUCGCCAAUGUGUUGAUGUUUUUCCAGCAAUUUUCUGGCAUUAAUGCCGUCCUCUUCUACUUGAAGACCAUAUUUGAGGACUCGGGCUCAUCCAUGGACCCUAUGGUCAGCACCUGUAUUGUGUGCGCCGCUAUGGUUAUCGCCACUAUAGGGGGAGGUCUUAUCACCGAUCGAUUGGGCCGUAAAGUACUACUCUUGGCUUCAGGUGUGGGACAUGUGGUCACUCUGGGAGUCAUGGGUUACUACUAUUACCACAAAAUGCAUAGCGGCUCCGACACCACAAUUGUCACCACCACUGCGUCCGUUAUGGUCGAGCAAUCGAUCGAGUCUGGAGUGGGAGGGGGAGGUGCGAGCCUGGGUUGGCUACCCGUGGUAUGUCUGGUGGUGUUUGUCGUGUCAUUUAGCUUAGGCUUCGGACCCAUACCGUGGAUGAUAGUGGCGGAGAUCACGCCCAGCCAUGCGAUCGGUGCGGUCAGCGCCACGGGAACGGCGUUCAACUGGUUGUGCGCCUUCAUCGUCACCAAACAGUUUGAGUCCAUCCAGAAGUCCCUCCAAUCGUACGGCGCUUUCUGGAUGUUCGCCGCCAUUCAGGUGGUGGCCGUCCUCUUCACCAUCUUCUUUGUGCCCGAAACCAAAGGCCGAUCGCUGGAGGAGAUGAGCCGGAUAUUCAUGGGACAGUCGGGCGGUGAUGAGGGCACCGACGUGUCAAAGGGUAGUCUACCUAAAUAUAGUGUUAAUAAGGAUGUGACCACUAUUUAG